CGAGGACCGGGAUCCCAGCUGAUCCCGGGGGAAUCUCAGGGCGGAAUCUGCAGGGACAAAGGCCCCAGGAGGCUCGGGCCGUGGGAGAACGGGGGCCGCAGCAAUCCAGGUUCUCGCGGCCUAGGCAGGGCGCGAGUGAUCCGCUGGUCGCUGCGGCGGCAGCGGGAAGACACCCGUUCCCGGCAGCCAGGCGGGGGCGCCCUUACGCGCUCCAGGGCUCCGGCCCGUGGGCUACCGGGAGCCGCGGGCGGACCAUGAAGGGCGGAGCCCCACGGGAGGGGCUGGCCUUCACUCCCGGCUCCCCCGCUCCCCCCCAACCCCAGGCUGGAGCCUGGGAUCCCCCAGGGACUCCCCGGAGCCGCCGCUUCCCCCAUGGACUUGCCCGGGGACUCCAGCCCGCCUGGCCGGCAGGGUCUGUGCCGCCAGCCCCUGGCUCGAGCGUUAUGGGGAGCCAGGAGCCCCAAACGGCCGAAGCUGCAGCCCCUCGGGGCCCCUUCGCCCUUGGAAAAAGCCUCUCGGCGGGUCCUGGCCGUGGUCCUGGAAGAUGUCAUGGCUGCCCACAUGGUCCCCCUGGUGCCCCAAGAGGAGAUCUCCACCCCACGGCACCGCAGCAACCGUCGGGAUUCUGUCCACAGCCAUCCAUCUGCCUCACCACCCCAACAGGCCACGUGGUCCCCACAAGCCAGGCCUCCCGACCCACUGCACUUAUGCCGAGAGCCCUUGAGCCGUGUGCAUCGGCCCCCUUCCACACUGAGGUGGCGAUCAAGGACAACACCUGGCCUAGAGGAGGGCCCUUCACAAAAGGUGGACCAGGCCCCCCAGCCCACUCUGGUGGUGAUGCUAGAGGACAUUGCCAGCUCCAGACCCCCAGCGGAGGGCUUUGCCGAUGAGACUCCCAACUUCACCGUCCCAGCGAGAAGAGCUGAGCCAAGGAUGAUGGUUCACCAGCCAAAGCCUCCACCCAGGGAUGUGGAACCCCCAUUCCAGCCAUCUGCCCUGUCUGCAAACCCUCUGGAGAGCCCACCACCAGCCCCAGAUCCUGUUCUGGAGCUCCCAUCGACCCCACCGCCAUCCAGCCUUUUACGCCCCCGCCUCAGUCCCUGGGGCUUGGCCCCCCUCUUCCAUUCCGUCCGCUCCAAGCUGGAGAGCUUUGCUGACAUCUUCCUCACACCCAACAAAGCCCCACGGCCCCCGCCCCCAUCACCCCCCAUGAAGUUGGAGUUGAAGAUUGCCAUCUCAGAGGCCGAGCAGUCUGGGGCUGCUGAGGGCACUGCAUCUGUCAGUCCCCGGCCCCCUAUCCGCCAAUGGCGGGCCCAGGACCAGAAUCCCCCAGCACCUCUCCCUAAGCCCUCUCUGGGCCGAAGCCAAUCCUGCCCUGAUCUGGGGCCCCCUGGCCCAGAUACCUGCAGCUGGCCCCCUGCUCCACCCCACCCAAGCCGGCCACGGCCUCGGCGGCACACUGUGGGUGGUGGAGAGAUGGCCCGAGCCCCGCCACCCCCUCGGCCCUGUCUCCGGAAAGAGGUCUUCCCUCUUGGAGGAGUGGGAGGCUCUCCUCCCCUCGUCACAUCUUGCUCGUCUACCACGUCCACUUCUUCCUUCUCUGAACCUGCAGAACCCAGGUUGAGCUCAACCAAGAGGAAGGAGCCAAGGGCCUCAGAAGACCAGGUGCUUUCAGACCCCAAGACCAAGACCAUGGGAAAGGUUUCUCGAUUCAGAAUACGCAGGACACCGGCCCGUUCUCAACCAAACCUUACACCAAUGGGGCUGCCUCGACCAAUCAGGUUGAACAAGAAGGAGUUCAGCUUGGAAGAAAUUUACACCAACAAGAAUUACCAGUCACCCACAACCAGGAGGACCUUUGAGACCAUCUUUGAGGAACCCCGGGAGCGCAACGGGACUCUGAUUUUCACCAGCUCAAGGAAGCUCCGGCGAACUGUAGAAUUUCGGGACAGUAGUCUUCCUCGAUCCCGGCGGCCAUCUCGCGGGGCCCGGGUUGCAGCUGGCAGGACCCUUACUCCCAGUCUGGCCCCCAGCCCAGAUGUAGGACCCCUGCUGCAGCAGCGACUGCAGGAGCUGGAUGCCUUGCUCCUGGAGGAGGAGGAAGGGGAUCGAGAGCGGCCCCAUCGGACUUAGAAGCUCCAUCUGUUUGUCCACCCAUCCUGGAGGGAGGGGAAGUCUCUGAGACAGUUAUAUUUUUUUCUCUGUGUUUCUAGUAAAGUUUUCGAUAUGUUUCUGA